AUGGAGUUUUUAAAACCAUACAUGAAAAACAGACUCACUGCUGGAUGCCCCAGCACCUCAGCUCCUGAUGACAGCCAGGUAGAAGAAGAAGAUGUACUCUCUGCUGAUCCACCAAGUGUUCAAUCAAAUUUUGAAACAGAUCAAUCCAUGGAUACACCCACUUCAAAAAAAGCGAAAAAAUCUGGUGAUCCUCUAUUGAGAAAAUACAUCGAAGAUGGUGAGAAAAGAGCUAAGAGUCGGGAAGAAUUACGUCAAAAACUAAUAGCUCAAUCUCAGCAAGAAGCAGUGUUACAAAAUGAUGCUCUACAUCUUUUUUUUAUGUCAAUGUACAAUGUAACAAAAAAUCUUCCUACCAAAUUUCAAAGGCAAGUCAGAAGAAAAGUUUUUGAUGUCGUCUCACAAGCAGAAGAUGAUGCUGAGCAAGAGAUAGAGAAUCAGAGAAUUCAUUCAUCAACCUCCAGUACUAGUGGACUAUCUGUGGUGACACAACAAUACCCUGAAUUCUUUACUCUACAUCAGAAUCCAUCAUUGAUUCGUCCUGUAGAAGCAAAUGAAGAGGAUCUAGAAACAAACAUUGGGGAAGAAGAAGAUAAUUUACCAAGAGCAUUCCUUGCUUUAUGUGAUUAUAUACUUAAAUUGUGA